AUGCCCAUUAGCGAGAAGGAGUUGGAGAUUGAGGCGUUGGGUGCCUUGUUCAAUCCAGACGAAUACGCCAUACAAAAUGAUACAGUAUCUAUUAAAAUUUCAAUGUGUAACCUUUGUUUUACUGUGUCAUUUGAUCUUCCCAGUGACUACCCGCAAUCGCAACCACUAUUGUCUUUUCACCUCAAUACACACUCGCAGGACUCCAACAAAUCACCCAAUGACGAUUUUAUUAAUAAUUUGAUCGGUAUAGCUCAGAAUUCAAUGAUGGCCAACGCGGGUUAUCCUUGCAUAUAUUCCACAGUAGAGGAUAUCAAGGAAUAUAUCACUACCCAAGCCAUACUAGCAAAUGAUAAUGCAGACAAUUACGAACGUAUAGGCCAAACCGAUUACAUUUGUGAAAAUGAAGUCACCAGUGAUCAUGAAGUGCCAUCAAAUAAAUUAAUUACAUAUGACGAAUUUAAGGAGUGGACUAACAAAUUCAUAGAGGUAUUAAUUGAACGUGGAGAUUUACCACCGAAGAAAAUAUCGGAUAAAUUAACUGGAAGACAAAUAUUUGAACAGUUGACAAAUGAACAAUUCACUAACGAGAAAUAUUCUGAGCAUUUGUAUGCAGAAUCUCCACAAAUUUCAGAUUUUGAAGAGACUCCUACACUAAGUAAUUAA